AAAGAUUACCUGACUGCACCAAACCCCACCCUACACUCGGGUGGGUAACUGAUCGCCCAGUCCAAAAGAAGUAAAGGAACCGGAUGUUUUAGGAUGUUGUUGAGUCACACACGGAUUAACCGGAUUAACACACUUUCACUUUUUAUGCAGAAAUGAAACAUUUGUGUAGCAUGAACUUUGGCACGAUUCCUCGAGUUUGAGUUAGUGAACUUUGCAUAAUGUGGCUGAACUAGUAUAAAUUUGCAUUGAAUGUUGUCCAAUCAAUACUUAAGGGGACGUGAAUAAGCCUCGACUCGGCUUCUUGAACUACUCUCGGACUGCACCUACACUCAAAGUACGUAGAAGCAAAGGAACCGGAAGUCGUUGCGUUAUACAUCGAUAAAUUCACUUCGUGAGCCUUGCCAUGACUUCUCAAGCAUCCAUGCGGAAGUAAGAUAAAUAUUCGCAGGUAUAUCAUUACAAGCGCAUGUUCACGGACUGCUAACAAAAUCUAAAAUUUUAUGAGUACGAAUCUUAGAUACUUCCAUCCGGAAAAGAGACGCUCUCUUAGUAAACAACAUGAGUGUGAACACCUACACAUUUGACGAAGUCUCAGAAUUAUGGAUGGAGCCAUUCUCCCUCCUGAUAAGCGACAUGUUCCCGGUUGAGUUCAUUUACACAGACUGGUACUGGUGGCAGGGUAACCAUGAGGCGAACCGAGAGGAUCCCGACUGCCUCAUGUCGACCGAUCCCCGAGAUCUCGAUACUGGCAGCCUAACCGAGGGGUUCUGUAUACCACGCUUCUUUCUUGCCAAAAGUGAUAAAGACCCAUUUGGCGAAGACCCAAAUGAAAAGGUGUACUGGCAACCGGAUAGGGAUCUAAUGAAAGAGGUUAUCAGUCAAACGACUCCAAUAUUUACAGUUGAGCAUCUCCAAGAAGAUCCUAGAUACGCCAAGCUGAAGCUGACAGAAGGAUGGAAAGCAGAAAAUCCAAGAUACAAAGGCUCGACAUAUUUACACCAUGCCUACCUUCUUCCAAUGACCUCAAUGGGGAAAGACUUUGACCGGGUAGAACAUGUUUUCGGAUUCGAAGGGGAAAUCCAUGGACCAGUUAGAAAGGUAAAGGGCUCAGGGUUUGGAGGUGUUCAGGAGACUGAUACUACUUCGGUUUUCAAAUAUCCAGAUGUAUGGCCUGAGCCAGGUAUGGAUUGGUUGGUGCGACCACGCCCAGGGGGAUGGCCUCUCCCUGAACUCAUCCAAGAGAUCGUAGAAUUAGGAUGUCACCUCGCUCCUGUUGGAAGGGGGAAGCGUACAGGCAAAACCUUAACUAUUUUCCAAUACAAAAAGAAUCCAGAACUCGCAGGUACAUCGAGGGAAUCAAAAGAAGGGCCAGACAACCAUCAAGUAAUGGAUGAAUUUGAAUGGAGGAUGUCAUUCUCACUAGCUGAAAACAGACUUGCCCAAAGUUUGACUCCCGUACAGAGGCACACUCUUGUUUUACUGAAGAUCAUCAAGAAGGUUUACUUUCCAGAAGUGAUCUCGUCUUAUUUUUUGAAAAAUCUGCUGUUCUGGGAGUGUGAGAAUAAUGGGGAAUCAUUCUGGAAGGGGACGACGUCAGGAAAGUGUCUAUUGCGCAUGCUCGACCGUCUUCAGGAUUGUUUUGAAAAGGGCAAUCUUCCUCAUUACAUCAUCCCAGAGAGCAACCUCUUGGCGGGCGAGAACCCACGCAUUCUGACAGAAGCGGUUAAGGUCAUAUUUGACAUCCGCAAGACUAUUCUGAGAAAAACAGCGAGCGUGAUUAUUAGGCUGCACACCACGUUUUAUUUCAAUCAUAUUUUCCUGAAAAAAUUGGACCUGGAACCAAUUUUUUCGAGCAUUGAGGAUCCUUUGAAAACAGUUGAAGGAGUGAGGGCUGCACUCAUUUCCAUUCAUAACAUUUUUAUUCCUAGGUAUGUAGAAGCCAUACAAAGAACAGCCAAUAUCGAUGACGAAGGAGACGAAGGUAUGAUUAUAGACAAGCGUAUUAUAACGCUAAUUUAUAUCUCACUUUUGGCAAGAAAUCUCGCUAAAUUGUGGCUUUUGGAAAGGCAUCAAUACAAAACCGAAUUCACUGCGUUUAUGAGAGAUACGAUUGGUGGGGAUCACUGCACAGAGGAACUGGUGUCCAUGGCGAGCGUGUUCUUGGAAUUAGCUGAAGACGACAAGGAUUCAAGCGUAAACAAAACCCAAGCCAUGUGGGAGAUCAAACGUUUACAAAAGAGAAUAAACGUAAAGAAUGUAGAAGAAGCCAGACAAGGAUUCGCUGCCUUGCUUGAAAUAAUUCGUAGACCUGACAUGGAAAACGUAACAGACAAAAUGAAGGGGGAUGUGGCCAACCUUGAUGAUGAAGACGAAAUUGCAAAAGUAUUUAAUAAAACAAUGGCUGCAAUACUCGAGGAGAAAGCUGCUGACCCUGAGAAUGCAGCACAGUUUGGGCUUCUUGGUGAGACCGUGCGGGUAAAUUGCGAUGUUUUAGAGAAGGACCAAGAGGAGCUUCGUGCAUCUGUCCAACCUCCCAGGUGGUUUCCAGAUUAACCAACAUCGGCAAAGAAUUAAAGGACAUUUGGAAACCAAUAUUUACAUUUAGAAACAUCUAAAGAAAUCCGACUAAAGAUAUGUGAUAAAUCAAUGUUUACUUUAAAAAGGUGUGCAUUAGCAUUGAUAGAAAAAUUGACCUUGAAGAUAGAUUACUAUUUAUCAACCCGUGAAAUUUAGUGUAUUACACUUAAUUUUAUUUUUGUUCAUUUAGCCAUUCUUUCUAACAGUCAAACUCUUCAUAUUAUUGAAAGUGAAAACAAUUUUCUACAGUAAAUGCCGUAAAUGAGGUUUUUAGGUUAAGAUUGGUACGUCUUUCACGACAUUACUAUGAGGCAUACAAACACAAAGCAGACACCUAGUACGUGUGUUUUAUAAUAAAAAACCUACAGCUACAAACGUACAAACUAGAAAACUAAUCAUAUUUACAUUUCACUAUUCACAUGAUUCAGUACCAGUAUCUAGGGCGGUUCCCAGCUUAUUAGUUCUGUAAUACGGAUCCUCUUGAUAAGGGGUUCACUCAGUAGGAAUGGGUGUCUCGUAUAUUUAUUUUAUUUUAUUUUAUGCGCCCAAAUGAAGAGGUGGAAGGGGUUUAAACUCAAAACUAGAUCUGAUAAUGGUGCUCAGUAUAAUAGAUGGAGUAAGAAGGGUACUAGGACUUAACCCCAUAAAAACCCCGAUGCCCUGGUAUUGAUAAAUAUGGAUAUUCAAGCUUUGAUCUUUCGCUCAUGAAAUAAAACAUGUUAGGAAGUUAGAA